UUAAUAGGACAAUUCCUACCUCUACAUGCUGCUUGAGUUUGUCUCCGGAGGAGAAAUGUUCUCUCACUUGAGGAGAAUAGGCCGUUUUAGCGAGUCUCAUUCAAGGUUCUAUGCUUCACAGAUCGUGUUAGCUUUUGAGUACCUCCACUACUUAGACAUUGUCUAUAGAGAUCUGAAGCCUGAGAAUCUUCUCAUUGAUCAGCAUGGCUACGUUAAAGUAACUGACUUUGGUUUUGCAAAGCGUGUUAAAGGCAGGACUUGGACCCUUUGUGGUACUCCUGAGUAUUUGGCUCCUGAAAUCAUCCUCUCCAAGGUAUACUAUACACACAUUCAUUAUAUAUGA